AUGACGAGCAUUGAAAACAUUCCUUCAGUAAAUAAUGAUUCAGAGAUGGAAGAGGGAGAAAUCGUUGAUGAUUUGGAUGAUCUUUCGGAUAUAUCUUCGGAGGAAGAAUUCUUACUUAGACAACGAUUACAAGUGUUAGAAAAUUAUAAUAAUGUCCUUGAAAGAAAGAAGGCAAAAAGGGCAUCAAUUUCGCAAGGUGAUCAUGAAAGAAGAACAGAAAUGCUUUUACAUGAUCUUUCGGAAAUAUCAGCAACUGAUUUUGAAGAUAAUGUUCCAAUUAAGGACCUUAAAUAUUCAAAAGGCCAAACAUAUCCAAAAUCAAAUCAUAGACAAAAGAAAGUAAAUCUACACAACGGUCAAGGGAAAGGAAGAGACUACAAGAAAAAAAGUAAUCGUAAAAGAAGAUUAGAGGUAAAAGUUGUAAAUCAAUCAAGUGAAGAAUCUGAUGAUGAGUACAGAAAUAAAAGACGUAAAUUAGCAAAUGCAGUUACUUUUAAUAAAGCAAAAGGGGACACUACCUCUUUAAAAGCUAGAUUGAAGAAGAUGCUCUGUGGAUCAAAUAAUAAAGAAUAUAUAAGUGUUGAGAAUAUAGAAAUUAGUAAUAUGGUAGAAAAUUUGGUUGAGGAUUAUAGUGUCGAAAAAAAUGGGGAAAACAACAGUGUGAAGAAAAUAGAAGAAAACAACAGUGAAACCCCUUUUGAAAUAAUAGAAAUAGAUUGUCAAAAAAAGAUAGACACAACUCAACUUGAAAAAGAUAAAGAAAAAGCGCAAUCUCCGUUUGAACUAAUAGAUUUGUGCUCUGAAGACAGCAAAGAAAUUGAAACGCCUGUGACAGAAAUGGUAACUCAAGAUAUGGUAGAUUCAAAUAUCAAAGAAAACAUAGAAGUGAUAGAAGGGAAUAAGAUUGAUAAACAGGAUUCGGACGAUGAGCUUGAAGUGCUUCGUCAACAUGCUCUCAAAACAAAAAGCUUAAAAUUAAAACCAGAUAUCCCAAAAGAAUCAGCUGCAGCUCCAAAUAAACCAACGUCUGAAGAUGAUGAUAGCGAUACUGCUGAAUUGAGGCUUAUUUGCCUUAAAUCGGCUUUUCUAAAAAAAGCAAUUGAAAUGAAAUUUAAACAGAAAUUAAGAAAAAGAUUAAAAACAAAAUCUACAAGUUUGCAGGAUGAUUUAAUGAUUGAUCAUGAGGAAUUGGGCAAUGUUACAGACGUCGAAAAUAAUACUGAUAUAGAAUCAGUUGAUAUGGAUAUAGGAUCCGAUGGUGAAGACAAAGCAAAAGAAUUGCCUGUAAAUUGUGGCGAGCAUACAGAACACAAACCUUUAUCAGAUAUUAGUAAAACUGUUACUACUCCAUAUACUUCUAAAGAAGAUGAAUUUGAAGAAGAUGAAGAUCUGUUAAGAGCAAAAUUAUUAACAUCUUUGACUAAAAAUUUACCAAAUUUGGUGGACAUUGGUGUGGUUAAUAAAAUAGACGAUUCAACAAGUAUUGAGAAAACUUCAGCUAAACCUCAAGUCAAACAGAAUGUUUCAGAAGAAAAGAAGUUUAUUAUUAACUUAGGUGACUCUGAUUCUGAAGUUGAACAUGAAGCUACAAAAAAUUUAACUAAGAUGCAUAUGAAAUUAUCAGAGCAAGUAGAUUUUCAGCAAAAACUAGAUUUAUUCCUAAAGUCAACGCGGAUGAAAGUUGAAAGCACUAAACUACCCGAUGUUGUGCAGCAACCAUCAGAUACUAAGCCGCAUGUUAAAUAUGUUGCUAAGGCAGUAAACCAUUUACCUAAAUCUGAACAAAUAGAGUAUAAAAAUUUGGUUAAAAGAAUGGCUGAGUUAGAGAAGAUAAAACAAGCAAGACAGUCAUUAACUAUGUCACAAAAUGUCACUUCAGUACUUAAAGAAACUUUAAAGCCUAGAAAUGUUGCCGUGGAAAAUAGAAAUCUUACCAGUAAUAAUUUGGAGGAAAAAAUUGCAGAGUCAAGAAAAAACAUAGCAGCAGAAUCUGCAAAAAUGCUUAAACUAAAAGAAGAAGGUACAAAACUGCUGCAGAAAUAUAAAAUAGUCGCAACAGAGCUACGAAAUAUAUCGACUGCAAUUACGCUAAACAAAAAAGAACAAAGGACUGUACAAAAUAAGUUGUCAAGAAUCAGAGCGCAGCAUCAAAUGUUAUUAAAAAGCUCAAAUUUUAAACAUUCCACUGGAGGACUGCUAGUAAACCAAACUAAUAACAAAAUUAUUACUAAUAAAUUACAAAAAGAAAAUAAUCCCACUAAAGAUGAUCAUAAAGUCUCUACCAUGCUCAAGGCAGUGAAAGUAAGUUUCGUCAAUGACUUAAGUAAAGAAAAUACUGGAGUUGAUUCCAAACUGUCUGUCCAAGUUGAUACAAAAAGUAAUAAAAAAGUUGUUAAACUGCCUAAGAGUCCAGAAAAAGACAGAAUCGUUAAUUUGGUUGAAAAAAAUUUAGAUAAUAAGGAAAGGAUAGAAGCCGUUGCUUCUGAAGAAAAAUCUACUUGUGAUGAAGAAAUUCCGAAAACUAGUUGCUCAAGUGGUCCUGAAAAAAAAGACAAUAGUGUGAAUGAUUAUCGGUCUCCACUUGAAGCAUUUGGAAGAACCACUUGGAAAGAAGACCCAAACGCGUUUCUCUGUCCUUACGAGGUCGGCGGCAGUUGCAGGGACUCAGAUUGCAAAUUCCUUCACCCUAAAAUCCCAUCACGUCAAUGA